CUGAGGUGCAGUGCGCACGCGUAGAAGGCUACUCUCUCAAUCCAAGAUGGCGGCGGCCUCUAGUUGUAUCCGGCACCUUGGCCGCCUUCUCACGGCGAAUCCAGCUCUAAGGCGGAUUCCAACAGUCACCAGUAUAAGAUGUCUUCGUCGUCUGCCGGAUAGUGAGAUUCACAAGGACAUUCAGCCCAUGAAACUACCGGGAAGGCUCGCGGAAAUGACGGGAACUGUGAUGUACCCCGACGAAAACUCCGCCAAGUGGGACAUUGAUGAGCCUAUCCCUGAGAAAGGCGUCACCAACAUGACCAUCAACUUUGGCCCCCAACACCCUGCUGCUCAUGGAGUGUUACGUCUGGUCCUGGAAUUGGAUGGUGAGGUGGUGGUGAGGGCUGACCCGCACAUCGGACUGUUGCAUCGGGGGACAGAGAAGCUGAUUGAAUACAAGACUUACCUGCAGGCAUUGCCAUAUUUUGAUCGUCUGGACUAUGUUUCUAUGAUGACAAAUGAGCAAGCCUACUCUCUUGCCGUGGAAAAGCUUCUCAACAUCGAUAUCCCUGAAAGAGCGAAGUGGAUCAGAGUGUUGUUUGGUGAGAUCACACGCCUGCUUAACCAUAUUAUGGGAGUAACUACUCAUGCCUUGGAUGUGGGAGCUAUGACUCCAUUUUUCUGGAUGUUUGAAGAGAGAGAGAAGUUGAUGGAGUUUUAUGAGAGAGUUUCAGGAGCCCGCAUGCAUGCCGCUUACGUUAGGCCAGGCGGCGUGUCCCAGGAUAUGCCUCUUGGUUUGAUGGAUGACAUUUACCAGUUUAUUCAGACAUUUCCACAAAGACUUGAUGAUGUUGAGGAGAUGUUGACCAACAACAGAAUCUGGAAGCAGAGGACGGUAGAUAUUGGUGUGGUGUCAGUAGAGGACGCCCUUAACUAUGGAUUCAGUGGUGUGAUGCUGAGGGGUUCAGGGAUUAAAUGGGAUCUCCGCAAGGCUCAGCCGUACGACCGCUAUGACCAAGUGGAGUUUGACGUCCCUAUUGGCAAGAAUGGAGACUGCUAUGACAGAUAUCUUUGCCGAAUGGAAGAAAUGAGAGAAAGUCUGAAGAUCAUCUUACAGUGCUUGAAUAAAAUGCCUCCUGGAGAAAUCAAAGUGGAUGAUGCCAAGAUCUCACCCCCAAAGAGAAGUGAGAUGAAGGAUUCCAUGGAGUCUCUUAUCCAUCAUUUUAAGUUGUACACUGAAGGCUACCAAGUGCCCCCUGGUGGGACGUACACUGCCAUAGAGGCACCUAAGGGGGAGUUUGGUGUGUACCUAGUUGCAGACGGCACCAGCAAGCCAUACCGGUGCAAGAUCAAGGCUCCAGGAUUUGCUCAUUUGGCUGGAACAGAUUUCAUCACCAAGGGGCACAUGUUAGCUGAUGUAGUGGCUGUUAUUGGUACCCUUGACGUGGUGUUCGGGGAGGUUGACCGCUGAUGAUGUAAUGUGAUUUUAUUUCUGAGAGCUGUUACCCGAAGUUGUUUUGUGUCCAUGUAAAAAUUUAAAAUCUGUCAAGUGAUAUCCAUCAUUCCCUGACUGAUAGUAUUUUGUAAGAUAGAAAAAAAAUUAACUCUAAACCAAA